UAAUAUUUUCUUAUAAAAAUAUGGCCAAUUCGGACAUUUUAAAUUGUUCUUCAAACACUUCAACAUCUCAUUCAUCAUCAUCGAAUUGUAAUAAUGAUCUGCAACAACAAAAAACAAUAUCUAGUAAUGGUCAACAGGCAGAAAUCAGUCAAACAAACAUAAAUCGUAGUCGACAAAGAUGGCAAUUAUUAUCAAAAGCUGUACGUAUGAAACAAUUUGAUCUACAAGAAUUACAAAUGUUAAGAAACACUACUACUGUUACUACUAAUGAUUCAUUAAUUGUUUAUGAUAAUUCAACAUCUACGGCAUCUGAUUCAAUUUCAUCGGAAAAUUCUGAUUCAAGAAAUUCAUCAUUCAUUGAACAAAUUGAUCGUAAUCAUUUAUUACAUUUAAUCGAAACUUAUGGUCUUAUUGAUUAUAAUUAUCAAUUUAAUAAUGAAUCAAAUUCUAAUGAUGAUUGGAUUGAAUGUCAAUGGAACAAACGAUUGUAUGGUGAUAAUAAUUUUUCCGAUACUGAUAUCGAUGAUGAUGAUGAGGAUGAUGAUGAUGAUAAUGAAGAUACCGGUGCUACAACAAAUAUUGAUGGUGAUAACAACAAUAAUCAAUUAGAAUUGUAUAUUAAAUUAGUACAUAAUCGAUUAAAAUUAAAAGAUUUAGCUGGUUUUGAUAAUUCGGGUAAUGUUCGUGUUUGGUCAUCCGAAGAAGCAAUGGGUUAUUUAUUAGCUCAUAAUCAUAAUGUAAGAACUCAACUUCAAGGACGAAUAUUAUGUGAAUUAGGAUCUGGUUGUUCAGCAUUAGCCGGAUUGAUUGCAGCAAAAUCUGGUCUGGCUACAGAAAUCUAUCUUACCGAUGGUAAUGAACGAUGUGUACUUAAUAUCAAACAAAUUGUUCAAAGAAAUUUUCCCGAAAUGAAUACUGUACACAAAAAAUCAGAGACAGAGAAAGAAUUGAAGAUUAUUGUACAGCAAUUAUGUUGGAAUCAACCUGAACAUUAUGAAGAGCUGAAAAAUCAUAUUGAAAUAAUUAUCUGUGCUGAUUGUUUAUUUCGUUCGGAUGCACAUCAAUCAUUGAUUGAAACUAUUGAUUUUUUAUUGGUCAACAAUGAUCAGAAUAUUGGUCAAGCAUUUAUUAUGGCACCAAGACGUGGUGAUAAACUUGAUCGAUUUAUUCGUCGUGUAUUCGAUGAUGGUCGAUUCUUUUUACAGGUUUAUCGUGAUUAUGAUCAACAUUUUACUCAACAUUUUGAAAAAUUACGAAAACAAGAUCCACAAAGAUAUGAAAUGGAUACUACAUAUCCUUAUCUGUUGAUUAUGAAUCGUCGUUCCGGUGCUCAACAAUAGUCUUUAAUAUCUUUAAAUUGUCGAAUGUGCACAGUGAAUGCUGCCUUCUUAUAUGUCUCUUUUUCUUAGAUGGAGACAAUAUCGAUUCGAAUCUAUUCCCCUUAA